GCGAUAAUGGACUUCUUUCCGUUUCAGCAAUGGUCCGAUUUCUCCAAUAUGACAACAGUAACCACAGAUAUCUAUGUGUUUGUCGACACAUAUUGGCCCUACAAUUGGGUGGUGGACUACGUGGCGUAUGUACUCCAGGGCAUCAACAUACAUCCCUAUGCCAGCAAGGUAACCCUUUUUGCAGCUUCCGAUGCCUCGGUCCUUGUUAACACCACGGACUACAUUAUCAAUGUGUAUGAAGAAUGGAAUUCCACAUCGCACUACUGGCACCCGCCUGGAUUCAAUCUUACGCUCAUCCUGAAUACGUUAAGCAACAGAGUGGAGGAUUUACUGGAGGAGGACCGAGUCGCUGACAAUCUUGGCGGACGUUCACUAAUUUCUCUGCUAAUCCCAAGUCCCACAUCCUUUGUGAAUGAGCGCGACUACGACUACUGCCAAAGUUAUAUAGAGCGUCUCGGGCAGAGUCUUCCGAACCUGCAUUUCAUUUACUACGGCGGUGGGGCUUUAGUGAGGUUCCACGACUUUGUGCAAGACCCCAGUAAAGAUUUGUUUGUGCUGAACACUGAAAAGUCACCCGAGCUGUGUGGCGACCCUGUCAUUACACGCAUUCGGCAGGUUCCCCGUCGCCUUUCCAAUCCACGUUGCUAUUCCAACGGAGCCAUAAGUGAGUUUGGCAUGAACUCUCUGAAGCAAUUUGAGCGUUUGGUCAGCAUUAAUUUCUACCGACUGGAUUCGCUCUACCUGCCGGUCAGGCAGAGCAUGCGCUACCUCAAAAUAUCACCAAUAUCAUCAAUAACGUUUACAGUCUGCACGUCACGGAGUCUUGCACUGCCGUUCCGAAAUCUAAGCGCCCCACUGAGGGAUGGGGAGAGCUGCGAGUCAACGGCCUUGGGAUCGUAUAGCUAUGAUCUGACCGAUGCCUGCACUGGAUAUGACUUUGAGCCGUGUCCCCCUUAAUUCUUUCCCGUGCAAGCUCAAAGUUUUGGAGAGAUCUCGUGCACUGAUCCGGAAUGCCAGACGCCCGACGAAGCCCAAUAUGUCAUCAGCUUAAACAAUCUCGGCUGUAAUGGCGCUGUGGCCCAGCAGUUUACUCUAUCAUUGGUGGUAUCAGCUCUACUAAUUGUAUCCUUAGGUCACCCUUAAGGGAAAACUAAUGUGCCAUACGGAAAAGUCGAAUAGGCUGAACAAAUAUGAAUAAAUAUAGGU